AUGCAUUUCCACUCUCUGUCCUUUGCCGUGCUCUCGGUGGCGGGCAUAUCCAACGCCCUGCCUGCUGCUCUGGGCGACGGCUGGCUCUGGCCCACGAUAUUCCCCAACACCGUCGUCAUCGAUGGCCACCGCCUUGUCGAAGCGAAGCUGCGUCUCGACCUGGGCGACCACAGCCUCAAGACGGCGUUGAAGCAUCUCACUGCCCAGGCAGACAGCUGGCUCGACCAGGGCCCUUGGACCGUCACCGCAAAGGCAACGCCUCCCCCCAACGGCACGCUCCACGACUACACUUCGCAGGCGCCGUACUUCUGGCCCAACCCAGACACGCCCGACGGCUGCCCGUACAUCAACAGGGACGGCGUGCGCAACCCCGAGGUGGACAAGUACCAGGACCGCGUGUCCGUCGGCAAGAUGUUCAACUCGUCGUACGUCCUGUCGCUGGCGUGGUACUACACCGGCAAUCCCGCGUACUCGCGGCACGCCUCGGACAUCCUCCGCACCUGGUUCCUCGACCCGGCCACGGCGAUGAAUCCCAACCUCGACCACGCCCAGCUCAUCCCGUGCGCCAACUCGGGCCGCUCCAUCGGCAUCAUCGACUUUAGCCAGGAAUACACAAACGUCAUUGACGCCGUCGCCAUCCUCAACACGGGCGCCCCUGGCUGGACCUCCGGCGAUGCCACGGCCUUUGUGGGCUGGAACAAGCGCUUCCUCGCCUGGCUCGCAGACUCGCCCUUUGGCAUCCAGGAGGCCUCUGCGCAGAACAACCACGGCACCUUUGCAAACAUGCAGAUUGCGGCGCUGGCCCUCUUCACGGGCAACCGCUCGCUGGCCGUCUCGCAGAGCCAGCUCGCCAAGAGCUUCAUCAACAGCCAGAUCACGGCAAACGGCUCGCAGCCGCAGGAGCUCGCCCGCACGCGCAGCUUCCACUACUCCAACUUUGAUCUCUGCGCGCACCUCCGCUUCGCGCUGAUCGCCCGCAAAGUAGGCGUCGACUUGUUCCAGUACAGGGGACCCCAGGGACAGUCGCUGUUCAAGGCCGUGGACUUUGUGAUCCCCGCGGCGGCGGGAGGGGCCGAGGAGUGGACGUACCCGGAGCUGCUGUUUACGCAGUAUGCGGCGACGGACAACGUGAGGGCGGCGGCGCAGGAGGGGGAUCGGUUGGCGGUGCGGGCGGUGGGGAAGCUGGUGGCGCCUCCGGGGGGGGAUAUCUUUGCGUUGAGGCCGGCGCCUGAGCAGUUGGAUAGUAUUGCGACGGUUGGAUGA